ACAGCAGCGCCUUUUGCCCCCAGCACCAUGCCUGCUCCUACGGCUCUCAAGAAGGCGGAAAGCACCCCGCUUGCUGCAGAUGUUCCAUCAGCUGCUCAAGAUAACGACCAGGAGUUCCUCCUUGAUGCGGCAGAUGUUGCAUCGGCUGAUGCUGAAAUGAUGGUACCGGAGGCUCAAGAUGACGGCGACAAUAUGGCGAUUGACGAAGAGGGACGGCCUCGCUUUGCUCCGUCAAAAGACAUUGAUCCCAUGGCCAGAACCGAAACACGAAAAGUACCGAUCCCACCUCAUCGCAUGACACCGUUGAAACAAUCAUGGCCUUCUAUCUACCCUCCCAUUGUGGAGCAUUUAAAACUACAGUGCCGCAUGAACAUCAAGCGGAAAACCGUCGAGCUAAGGACAUCCAAGUUCACCACUGAUUCCGGUGCGCUACAAAAGGGCGAGGACUUUGUCAAAGCCUUCACUCUCGGCUUCGACGUCGACGAUGCCAUUGCUCUCCUGCGACUGGACGACCUAUACAUCGAAACCUUUGAGAUCAAAGAUGUCAAGACCGUGCAUGGAGACAGCCAGAGCCGUGCCAUUGGUAGAAUUGCUGGUCACCAGGGCAAGACGAAAUUUGCCAUUGAGAAUGCUAGCCGUACGAGAAUUGUGCUCGCCGAUUCCAAGAUUCACAUUCUGGGAGGAUUCAAGAACAUUCACAUGGCUCGUGAAUCUGUCGUUAGCUUGAUUCUUGGAAAGCCCCCGGGCAAGGUCUAUGGCAAUCUGAGAACCGUGGCUGCCAGAAUGAAGGAGCGUUUCUAAAUUGGUUGGGCAGGCAUGUGCGGUAGUCUUGGCGUUCAGGUGGGAAAAUAAUCAUGAUUCAUGUCUUUUGGCGGAUUUGAUGGUCUGUAUGUGUCGGAAUUGUUCUUCUGCAUAACGUUUGAAAUAAAGCAUUGCUCCCUAGCAUGAUGAAUUUGCUAAAGGAUGCGGCUGAGGAAAAUAUGGUCUCAUAAUUCACGCGCCCCUAUACUUUGUACGUGGCAAAUGAAAUUGAUGAGAAAAGACUUUAUAAACAUCUAUUAGUAAAGAAGGUACCAUUUCUCAGAAAAAUGCGUAAUAUCAUACUAGACUGCCAACUCCUUGACGCCAAACGGGCCGAUAAAAAU